CGUCCGGAGGCAUGCGUACGUUAGUUCCUGAAUAUACGUGAAGCAGUGAACAUUAUCUGCGACAAUCAAAGAUUACGCAAAAAAUCAUGGUGAAUAUGGAAAGCCUGGGGGUGAUACUAGAGGAGCAGGGUGACGCAAAUUUGUGUCAUCAACCACAAGAUGGUGAUGCUGACAGCGGAGUUGACGAAUCAACGCAAGCGAAGGAAAAUGGACACACACCGAAACAGAGCAGGAUCCCUAAAAAGUCCCCGACAGAAUCACCUCAGAAAAGGUCACGUGACUUGAACCCUUUGGACCACAGGAGAAUGCCCAGAAGUAAAUCUGUUCCUAAACCUCCUUUUAUGGCAUUUGCCACUCCCCCUCUUCCUGAUUCGGCUAAAAAAGUUCCGAUGAACAAGGUGGUGGUUGGGUUUACCCCGUCUCCAAAUCUUAAAAAGGUUCAGUCCAAAGUUGGAUCCCUGCAGAACACCAAUCACAAGCCUGGUGGAGGGCAGAUCAAGAUCGAAACCAGGAAACUGGAAUGGAAUAAGGCUGCAAGGAAUUUUAUUUUAUCAUUUUCAAAUAUUUUUGAAAAUUUAAAAAUUUUCAUUGAACAGAAGAAGCUAAGUUGGAAUGCUCAGUCUAAAGUUGGAUCCUUAGGGAACACUUCUCAUAAACCAGGUGGCGGAACCCGAAAGAUUGAGAGUAGGAAACUGGAUUGGAAUACUGAAAGUAAAGUUGGAUCUAAAAACAAUCUGAAUCAUAAACCAGGGGGUGGAAAAGUUCAGGAUCUAGCUGCUAGAGUAGCCUUAAGGCGAGCGAAGUACCCUAAAGCUUGGGAGAAAAAGAAAGCUAAAAAACUCAAAGAAGGAGAAGGAGAAGAAGGAGACGGAAGAGAAGAAGGAGAAGGAGGAGAAGGAGGAGAAGAAGAUAAAGAGGACCCGAUAGACGAAUCCCAAAAUCAAGAAGAAACACAACAAGAAGGAUACGAUAUUCUGGUUCUAGGGGAAGAGGAUGAAGAGGAUGGAGAAGGCGGAGGGGAUGAAGAUAAUAACGAGAAUGGAGAAGAUGGAGAGGAUGGUGAAGAUGGAGAUGAGGAGAAGGAUGAUGAUGCAGAAAAAGAUGAUGAUGGUGACAAAGAAAAUGAAGAGGACGGAGAAGAUGGAGAGGAUGGUGAUGAUGUUCAUACUCCAUCCGCUCCUCCUGAAGAACUUGUCCAGGAUAUAGAAGGAGGGGAAGGAGGAGAAGGAGGGGAAGGAGGAGAAGGAGGGGAAGGAGGAGAUGGGGAGGAUCAGAUAAUUUCAAGAAUUGAUGAAAACUCCGUGAGGUUGUCUAAUGAACUUGAAGCUCCAUCCCUGUCUCCUAGUGUAAACUGGGUUUAUGGGUACAGAGGGAAGGAUACAAGAUCCAACCUAUGGAGUCUGCCUGAGACAGGAGAAAUAUUGUACUUUACCGCCAGUAUUGCAGUACUGUACAGUCCGGAGUCUCAUGUACAGCGGCACUACCGUGGACACACAGACGAUAUAGAGUGCUUGUCUAUACACCCACAGCUGCCUCUUGUAGCUAGCGGUCAAGGAGUAGGCACAAAUUCAUCAGAACUAGAUGGAAGUCAUGUUCAGGUCUGGAAUUAUGAAAACUUAAAUCUUAUUCAUAUUCUGGGGAUCGGAGAAUUUGAAAAUAAGAUCACAUGUUUGGCAUUCUCAGUACAAAAUGCCGAAGGAGAAUCUAAACUAGCAGUAGUAGACGGGGCAAAACAGCCGAAUAUAUCUGUUUGGUCCAAGUUUGAGCUAGCACAGAUUGCUCCAAGGAAACUAACCGCUUCCACUGCAUCCUCGGAUAAGGUAAGAUAA